CUCGAAACGGGAGACCUGAUUCCUGACUGAGUUCUGAGUCGACGUUAACUUGUCGGCCUAACUGUUUUAGGCCGGAUUAAACCCAUCGGUUUGGAGGGCUGGCUGUGUUGUAGCAGUGACUGCAGGAUGAGCAGCCCAGGACCAAGCAGCGGGACAAACAAAUCAGUAGAACUCUUUGAAGAAUUAUGGAGACAGCUUGGCGAGUGCCACCAGAAUGCACUUCAAGAACUGGAGGCGAAAGUGAGCAAGUUGAAAAAGGAGCGCCGUUUAGAUGCCCAGAGGCUUGGGUUGUUUUACAAUCGCAACCAGCAACUGAAGGAACAAAACACAACCCUGCAGGACACCAUCAGUCUCCUUGAGGAAAGGCUCCGAGAAGGAGAGUGUGAUCAAUGUGCCAUCUUAGUGGAGAACCUGAAAAAGGACCAGGACCAGAAUCUGAGCCUCAUCACCAAGCUGAAGAAUGAAAGAAACAGCCUGGAGGAUGAAAACAGAAAACUUCACGCGGAGCUGCAGAAAUUAAAGAUGUCUCUCUCAGAGCACCAACAGGCCUCACCCCCAGAACAGGAGGAAGGCAUCAUCCCAGACUCACCUGUCCUGCCGAGCUCGCUGCCCGUGGCAAACAGACUGAAGAAACGUAAAAAUAUCAACAAACACAGACACGUUCAUUACGCGGAACUGCCUUUACCACAGCGUGAAAAAUCACUCUUCAAUGAGCUGAAUGAGGAGCCUGAUGAUGCCUCAAAGAAUCCUGGGAGAGCAAAAGUGCUUGUACCCAAUACAUGUGAACUGGACAUACCCCAAAUCUCAGAUGUGACUCAUGAUAUGGAAGAGGUGAUUGCAGAAACCUGUGCCCUUGAACUUCAUCUUGACAGUGGUCACAUGAAAACUGAAACGACUGCAGGGCAGCAAAGCAGCUCAAAAACCCUCUGGAAGAAUGAAAUUUGUUUAAAGCCUUACUUCUCCUCCCCUUCAUCCACCCUGAUCUACAGACCAGACUCAACCACAGAAAAGUCCCCGUCUCUUCUCCCCAGAGUCAAGAGGUUUUCAGAAGGUAACUCCAUUAACAAAGCAAAACGGAAGAAGGAGGGAAGUGACAACAGUCAAGGGAUCCAGGAGAAGGGGGACAUACAAAAGGAAGGCAAACACAUGAACAGACAGACCUCAACACCUUUGAGCAAUCAAAGCUUCAUGAAGCAGCCACUGGACAGUAAGGUUCAGGCAGCACAAAAUGGGACUUCCAGCCAAAGGCUAAAUGUUUCCUGUGCAAGUCCUGCUUUCAAGAAACCAAAUGGGAAGGUUAAAGGAGAGGGGGAGGGUGAUGGUAAGAAAAGACACCCCCUGCACGAUCUGAACGCUUCACAUGACCAACAUGAAGCAGAGAAAGGGAAGCACAGAGUGGAGCCCAUGUGGAGCAUUGACCCUGCACUCAACAUGUCCAUGUAUGACAGUGAGUGGAGAGGAGACGAGCAAAAAGAAACACAGUGUCAUGGAGAACUGGCAGAUACUGACUGCACCUGGGUCAGUCACAGCUUACUCCAGCAUCGGGACAGGAGGGACAGUGUAUCUGGACUUGGCGGAAAGGCCAACGACAGUUUGGAUAUGAUGUUCGACACUACAGCUUACGGGGAGUACAAGUCUUACAACAGUUCACACUUAGGCCAGAGCCAGCCCUGUGCCAAAGAUGAUGGCGAUGACGAUGAUGAUGAAGAAGAAGAGGAGGAAGAAAAAGACAGUGAACGAGAUCCUCCUGAAAACUCUCCAGGUCAAAGUAAAGCACGACACCCAACAUUUGCACACGUGGCAGUAUUUCGUAAGAAAGACGAAAGAAGAAAACUGAAGGGCACUACCUGCAAGGAAUGUGAAAUUUAUUACGCCCAUCUUCCAGAGGAGGAAAAGGAGAAAAAAUUGUCUGCAUGCUCAAGGCACCGUUUUCUUUACAUUCCUCCUUGUACUCCUGAAAACUUCUGGGAAGUUGGAUUUCCAUCAACACAAACAUGUAUUGAAAGAGGUUAUAUCAAGGAAGAGAAGAAUCCUCAGGUACGUUCACGGAGAAGACUACCACUCAAUGCUUUUUUUUCCCCAAAGCAGGAGAGAAACCAGGAGAGCUGAAGAAGUUUUCUGUUCGGGACUGUUUGAAUCGACCCAUUUACAGCAAAAAAACAUA